CCAUUGCCAUCACUGAGCAGCCAGUCUCUGUCUCCAUCCCCGUGGGAUACUCCUUCACCCUGCGGUGCAGAGCCAAGGGACGCACAUGUCUGCAGUACCAGUGGUUUUGUCAGCACCAGUCUGUCUGCCGCCAGAUUCCUGGUGCCACCAAGGAAGACUUGCCCAUCACUGCAGAGCAGACCCAACUUUACACUUGCAGAAUCAAUGACCUCUACAAAAAUGCCGUCUUCUCCGACUGGGUGAAGGUGGAGGUCCAUCAUUGUGUUGCCAGAGGUCUGCCCCCUCAGCUCUGGCAAGGAGAACCAGUCAUCGUCCUCAACCCCACUGAGCAGCAGGUGGAGGUGGGGAAGCCACUACAGCUGCAGUGUGCUGCCAUGGGGGUCCCAGCCCCCACCUACCAGUGGUACCGGAAUGGGAAUCUGCUGGAACACCAGAAGAAAAAAAAACUCUGGAUCACCCACGCAAAGGUCAGUGACUCCGGUACGUACCUCUGCUGUGCCUCCAAUAGCCAUGGAGAGCACUGGACUAAUGCUGUGGAUAUUCACAUAGGUAUGUGUCGCUCUGAAAAGUUUUUCGCUACAGGCAAGAUAGCGCUUUUAGUGGGCAACAACUGCUACCAGCAUCAUCCCAACCUGAUGGCUCCCAUCACGGAUGUGUUUGAGUUGAGUCUUCUUCUGGAGCAGCUGGGCUUCCAGGUUGUCUCCCUUCUGGACCUGAACAAGGCUGAGAUGGUGACAGCAGUCAGUCGGUUCCUGCAGCUCCUGGGGAAGGGAGUCUACGCUAUAUUCUACUACGCUGGUCAUGGGUAUGAACAUUCAGGGAGGAACUACAUGGUCCCCGUUGACGCUCCACAACCCUACGCCCCUGAGAACUGCAUCAGCGUGCAGAGGAUCCUCCAGAAGAUGCAGCAGCAGCAGACGGCCCUGAACCUCAUCCUGCUGGACACCUGCAGGAAAUGGUAG